AUGACCCAACAAAGUAGUCUAAAGAUGUACAGAAGGGGAGAUUUUGACCUGUUUUUGAAGGGGCUAAUAUGCAUUGCAGUUUUUCCUCUAUUAGCCACAGUUUGCAUGGGAGGUAAGUUCAACGAAUCCGAAUCUUUCCUUAGCUUCAUUAGAUCUGUUGAUCCCCAAAACAAACUGGAAACUCAAUGGAAUGAGUUGUCACAAAAUCCCUGCUUGCUUAAGUCUAAAGGUGUAAAGUGCAAUCUGCAGGGUACCUCCAUAUUAGAAAUAAGGCUUGAUAAUUUGAAUCUUAGUGGGGUAAUAGAUGCACAUGACCUUUGCAUGCUCCAAAACCUUGAAGUUCUCAGCUUAGCAAGAAAUCUUAUACAUGGAACUAUACCUAGCUCGAUAUCACACUGCACAAGGCUGAGGUAUCUAAAUCUGAGUAGCAAUUCUCUAACUGGGAGAGUUCCUGGCACUCUAACUAAGUUGAAAUAUCUCAGGAGUUUGGACAUCUCUAACAAUCAUUUUACUCCCAUCGGCCCACAUGUGAAACAGGAAUUUAAGCAUGUUUAUAAGUAUUCCAAGGAACCAGUCGCAUUGCAAAGAGAUAGUCAUUUAAAAACAACAGGACAUGAUGAACGGGCUUCAGCUCCUCCAAAGGACUCUAGUGAUAAAAAGUCAAACAAUCUAUUGUUGGCUAUCUUGCCCUUAGUUCUUGGCAGUGGGUUGUUCUUCCUGUUAUUAUACUAUUUGAGCAAGAGGGCUGAUAAAAUAAAUAGAGAGAAGGAGAUUCUGAAUGCUCUCAAAGAAUCUCCUCUCAAAUUUCCUCCAGUCGGUGCUACAGAGGAAGCGAAGCCUGAGGAUAGGCACCAAGAGCUUGUGUUCUUUGUUGAAGAUCAUGAAAGCUUUAAACUAGAUGAUCUCCUAGAAGCCUCAGCAGACUUACGAAGCCAGGGCCUUUGCAGCAGUCUUUACAAGGUAAUACUUAAGAACAAUGCCACUUAUGCUGUCAAAAGAUUGAAGAAAUUGCAGGUGUCCUUCGAAGAGUUUGCCCAGACAAUGAGGCAGAUAGGUAACUUGAAGCAUCGAAAUAUUCUACCGCUUGUUGGCUACAAUUGUUCUAAUGAAGAAAAGCUUCUGUUCUACAAGUAUCAGAGCAAUGGGAGCCUCCUAAACCUGCUGAAAGACUACAUUGAGAAGAAAAAAGAUUUUCCAUGGAGACUUAGGCUGACCAUAGCAAGUGGCAUUGCGAGGGGUUUGGCGUUCAUAUAUCAGAGUUCGAACGAGCAGGAGAUCAUUCCUCAUGGAAAUCUAAAGCUCUCAAAUAUACUGUUGGGUGAAAACAUGGAACCAUUAAUAAGUGAAUAUGGGAUUUCAAGACUUUUAAAUCCCCAAGAGCAAUGCCUCUUCUCCUCCAAUGGUUAUACUGCACCCGAGAAAAGUUUAUCAGAACAAGGCGAUGUUUAUAGCUUUGGAGUUAUCCUACUGGAGUUACUUACUGGCAAAACUGUGGAAAAAACUGGUGUAGACCUUCCCAAGUGGGUCAGAUCGAUGGUGAGGGAAGAAUGGACUGGAGAGGUCUUUGACAAGGAGGUCAGUAAAUCUGCUUUGCAGUGGGCAUUUCCUUUGCUGAAUAUUGCUCUUAAGUGUGUCUCUCAUUCCCCACAAGAUAGACCAGCUGCAUCAGAGGUCUUGGAGAAGAUAGAUGAGGCUUUGUUUGCACACGGAGAUCUUUCGGUUUCUUCUACGUCUUCUUUUGAAUCCGGCCAUCCAGAUUGCUGUAUACUUCACAGUGUCAUACCUGAGACUUGGGACACUCCAGGAUCAAAUUAUUAGUGGACAUUUCGAUAUGUUUUAUAUUCCAUUUUCAC